AUGGCUUCCGGGUUCACCAAGGUUCGUAAGGUGAUUCAUACUCAAGAGGAAACCCCGGAAAAGAGGAAACCCUGGAAAGAAGAGGGAAACCCUGGAAAGAAGAGGAACCUGGGAAGAGGAAACCCUGGAAAGAGGAACCCUGGAAAGAAGAGAAACCCGAAGGAAACCCUGGAAGAAGAGGCCCUGAAGAAGAGGAACCCGAAAGAGGAACCCGGAAAGAGGAAGCCUGGAAGAAGAGAGGAAACCUGGAAAAAGAGAAGCCGGAAAGAGAAGCCUGGAAAAGAAGAGGAAACCCUGGAAGAAGAGAAGCCCUGGAAAGAAGCCGGAAAGAGGAAGCCUGGAAAGAAGAGAGAAGCCUGGAAAGAAGAGAAGCCUGGAAGAAGAGAAGCCUGGAAAGAAGAGAAACCUGGAAGAAAGAAACCCUGGAAGAAGAGAAACCCUGGAAAGAAGAAGCCCUGGAAGAAGAAACCCUGGAAAGAAGAGGAAACCCUGGAAAGAAGAGAAAACCCUGGAGCGAAGAGGAAACCUGGAGAGAAGAGGAAACCCUGGAAAGAAGAGGAAACCCUGGAAAGAAGAGGAAACCCUGGAGCGAAGAGGAACCCUGGAAAGAAGAGGAAACCCUGGAAAGAAGAGGAAACCCUGGAAAGAAGAGGAAACCCUGGAGCGAAGAGGAAACCCUGGAAAGAAGAGGAAACCCUGGAAAGAAGAGGAAACCCUGGAAAGAAGAGGAAACCCUGGAACGAAAAAUAA